CCUGCCAAGCCUCGGUUUCUCCAUCCGUACAGUGGCUCCGAACCAAAUGAUAGUGUGUCUCUGGCCUGUCCCAAGGACUGGAGUGCGAGUGUGGUCCCUGUUCAGUUACGUCUCAGGGGAAGGAUGGUGCGGCUUCCUCCACAGACUCCCAGGACUGCGUCUCUUAUCCAGCCCAAAGUAUUAAUCUAGCGGUUGGAUAGAAGAUACUCAAGCCGACCCUCAUCCUCCCACCCUGUCGCACUGAGCGCGGCUGGAAACUCCCGGCAGUACCUCUACAUUCCCACGAGGUGGCACUAUCACAAAGGACAACGCUAUCAGAGGUCCCAGAAACCUCUAAAGGCAGCCCUGCUCAAACCUCUCCAAGUCCUGCCUCAAUUUCGGGGGAUUCGAACUCGUUCGCUGAGCAGUGGGUCGCUUUCCUUUCAUGCACAACCCACCUAGGCAGGCCCAGCCGAAGAGCAUCCUACCCAGGGACCACCUUUUUUCCCUGGGAUCCCGCGCUUCCGCCUCCGGGGCGGAGACUCCUCCCAUCGCAGUCCCAAUUGUGUUCCCUGGAAGAGCAGCCGGGACUGGCAAGAAGCCCCUCCUGGCAUUCCAGGAACGGUUCAACCCUGGAGGCCGGGAGCCCUAACCGGGAGAAAGCGGCUGCGAGGCUUCAGCACCACGGACAGCGCCCCACCCGCAGCCCUAGUGUCGGCGAGGCCGCGCGCUAUGCUGGCGGCAUGGCCCCGCGCUCCAGCUCUAUGGCGCUGCUCCUCAGCUUCGGCCUUCUCUGGCUGUGUUCAGGGGUUUUGGGUACUGACACAGAGGAGCGACUAGUAGAGCAUCUCCUGGAUCCCGCCCGCUACAACAAGCUGAUCCGUCCAGCCACCAAUGGCUCUGAGCUGGUCACUGUACAGCUCAUGGUAUCACUGGCUCAGCUUAUCAGUGUGCAUGAGCGGGAGCAGAUCAUGACCACCAAUGUCUGGCUGACCCAGGAGUGGGAAGAUUAUCGCCUCACCUGGAAGCCCGAGGACUUCGACAAUAUGAAGAAAGUCAGGCUCCCUUCCAAACACAUCUGGCUCCCAGAUGUAGUCCUAUACAACAAUGCUGAUGGCAUGUACGAGGUAUCCUUCUAUUCCAAUGCGGUGGUCUCCUAUGAUGGCAGCAUCUUUUGGCUACCGCCUGCCAUCUACAAGAGUGCAUGCAAGAUUGAAGUGAAGCACUUCCCGUUUGACCAGCAGAAUUGCACCAUGAAGUUCCGCUCAUGGACCUACGACCGCACGGAGAUCGACCUGGUUCUCAAAAGUGAUGUGGCCAGCCUGGACGACUUCACACCCAGUGGCGAGUGGGACAUCAUUGCGUUGCCAGGCCGGCGCAAUGAGAACCCAGAUGACUCCACCUACGUGGACAUCACCUAUGACUUCAUCAUUCGUCGCAAGCCACUCUUCUACACCAUCAACCUCAUCAUCCCCUGUGUUCUCAUCACCUCGUUGGCCAUCCUGGUCUUCUACUUGCCCUCGGACUGUGGUGAGAAGAUGACACUUUGCAUCUCUGUGCUGCUGGCGCUCACGGUAUUCCUGCUGCUCAUCUCCAAGAUUGUACCUCCCACCUCCCUUGACGUACCGCUGGUGGGAAAAUACCUCAUGUUCACCAUGGUGUUAGUCACCUUCUCCAUUGUCACUAGUGUGUGUGUGCUCAACGUGCAUCACCGUUCGCCCACCACGCACACCAUGGCUCCCUGGGUCAAGGUGGUCUUCUUGGAGAAGCUGCCCACCCUGCUCUUCCUGCAGCAGCCACGCCACCGCUGUGCACGUCAGCGCCUGCGCUUGCGGAGGCGCCAGCAGGAGCGCGAAGGGGCAGGCACGCUCUUCUUCCGUGAGGGCCCUGCAGCUGACCCAUGCACCUGCUUUGUCAACCCUGCAUCAGUGAAGGGCUUGGCUGGGGCUUUCAGGGCUGAGCCCGCACCCGCAACUGGCCCAGGGCGUUCAGUGGGGCCUUGCAGCUGUGGCCUCCGGGAAGCAGUAGACGGUGUACGCUUUAUUGCAGACCAUAUGCGAAGUGAGGAUGACGACCAGAGCGUGAGGGAGGACUGGAAAUAUGUUGCCAUGGUGAUCGACCGCCUGUUCCUCUGGAUUUUUGUCUUUGUCUGUGUCUUUGGCACCAUCGGCAUGUUCCUGCAACCUCUCUUCCAGAACUACACCGCUACUACCUUCCUCCACCCUGACCACUCAGCUCCCAGCUCCAAGUGAGGCUUCAGACAUCUGCAGCUCUUCACCCUGUGACCCCUGGGGUUCAGUAGUACUGGGUGGAAGACGGGUCUGUCCCCACUCCACGGAAGCCCUAUUUCACACCACCAUUCUCACAUAGCCCUCCAGCCUGGAGGCUGGACCAGCUGCCUUGUGUUCAAGCCUUCUCCUUCCCCUCCUGAGCUAAUUCAGGCAACAGUGUUAAUGUUGGGAGCCAGGGCUGGUGAGUAGAGGCCAGAGGUCUUAGAGCCAGCCACCUUGAGAAGGGUGCUGGAGAAGGGGCCAAGAAAGGGACAGAGUUAUCUGUGGCCUCCAAGUCAUGUAGAAGAGGAGGUGGGAAGAGGGGCUCAGAUUCUCCAGCCAGGCUGACAGUGGUGACUACUGAGAUAGAUGCAGAGCAGUGUGGCCAGGAAUUGGUACCCACCCUCUUAAGUGGACAGCAGCUGGUCUGGGAGGACUUGCGGUUUUAGGGGGGUCUUCCUAGGAGCUUCAGCUGGUCCUACAGUCUCCCGGGGCACUUCAAUUUAGUCUCACAGCCUGUGCUUUGGAGGCCUCCAGAGCCCAGUUCCAGGUUCCCUUCUGCCGGUGCAGAAUUCUCUACACCCCUAGAUUUCCCUCUCCUUUCUCACUUAGAAAGGUAAGGAGUUAGGGGAACCUCUGAAGGUCAUGAGCGAGGUGAGAAUUGUAGGCUCACAGUCUCAGAAGAACUCUUACAGUGCUGGAUUCCAGCAGGAACCAUGUUACAGAUCCAGAACAGGCCUGGAAAGUGAGGAAGCCCCUCCCUCUUUGCUCCAAGGCCACAGACUGCUUGAAGGAUCCAAGGGAACUGUGAAUCUGAACUGUGCCUUAGUGCACUUCUCAGUUGUCAGAUGGGGUCGUGGGCAUCUCUGCUUGGUGUCAGGAGAGACCUCCUUCUACUAGAACAAGAAAUAGCCUGUAUUAGGCCUCCCAUGCCCCAAGCUUCCAACCCCAGAGAAAGCACCCCAGCAUCAUGAACAGCAACUAGAAAGGCAUUGCCCCUGUGGAGGGCAGCACCUGUGCAGGCCUUCCAGCCUCUGUGAGACCCUAUCAGCUGUUGCUGUCACUACCUUUGACUUUACUACCUCUGUAACUGGUUGUUGUACAAAUUGGUCACCAGCCUGGGCUGGAAAGGCCAGAGAGCAAUUUGUUCCAACUCCUCUCCAUGUCCUGUUGAACAUGUCAGACAGACAGUGCCCAUCUUAGAACCUGCUUUCAGCAUUUGUACAGUGGGAACAGAGGUUGGCAGGGCUGUGAUGGGUGCGAAGGACCCAUUGGUGUAAAGGGUCCUGGUUCAGUGCUAUUUCCCAUUUUGGGUGCAGCCUUUUGUGGAAGAGUGCCAUAGGUGAGGGUGGUGGAGGCUGUCAGGUGUCAGGACAGUGAACCCUGAAGUAUACCGGGAGACUUUGGGGAAACUCAGUCCCUGCCACUUUGGGGCCUUCUGUUUCUACCUCUGGUGAUGUUGGGAGGUUCCUUGCCCCCUACGUGGAGCUGUCUGUGGAGAGAAUUAGGUACCUGGCUUGUUGAACCUGGAUGGGAACCUGGGACAGGGUGGCAUGGGAGUGGCAGUGAAGAAAUGAGUUGGGAUUCCCAUCAGUGGCCAAGCUCCAGUCAUCUGGCAAUCACUUUUGCCUGGAAAGAUGGCCCACAGGCUCCCUGCCUAUGUGGAGACCUACAAGUCUGUAGCAGGUAGUGCCAAGAGUGCAGAAAGCUGAAAGCACGCAGAACACAGGGCCUCCAGACUUUUUUUUUUUUUUUGAGGCUGGGGUGACUAGAGGAAGGGAAGGACUUCCUUGUAAGGAACAAGGACAAUGGGGGACUGGCCACUGUGCCUAUCUAUCCUCUGGGACUCCACCUCCGACAGUCCUGGGGGGAAGAAAGCUCCCCAGAGACCAGGACAAGCAGCAGAACAUGUCUUUAGAGUGCCUGGUACCUGUCACUGCCUGUCAUCAGGGCCUUUGGGCAGGUGGGAGACCUCCUAGGGAGGAAAGCAAAGGUCUUUAGAGCUUUCCUUGAAUUAUGCCCCAAGCAAGGUGACAUAGUUCCUCUGCUUCCAGGCAGAAGUGGCUGUUGAGCCUCACUUACAUUGGCCAGUUUCUCAUUCACCAAACUCAACUGGACAGAACAAUGCCACUUGUAGUAAUUAUUCCAUCAUGUCUGAGAAGUCUGUCAGUGUGCUGGUCACAUGCUUCCCAAAGGACUAAAACUUUGGGAACUGGUAGGGCACCCCACCCACACACUUUCAGUACACUCAUCUUUACGUGUCCUUGUCUCCACUCCUGGACUAUUUGCCAUGGUCCACAUUUCACCCCCUAAACCUACCACCCCACCCCCACCCCUGUAGCUGAACUCUUAGCUCUUAAAAAAUUGUUUCCAAAUAUGUCUUGUUACUUUGUUUGGUUUGGGGAAGGGGGCUUCCAGACAAGAUUGGCACAAUCACAAGGGGAGAAUGCUAGAGAACCCCUACUCAAGUAAGGGAGGGUAAGGUAUUGCACUAGUCAGAACAAAAGGUGAGUGGCAGCGUGUGCUGCCCGGUCAGCAUCAUCAGCUCCCCUUAUCAGAUGCAAAAGAAAUGGCCAGGAGGCUGGGCCCAGAAGGGACCUUUGGGGAAGACUCUCUGUAAGGAACCAGCAGGGGCAGGGUGGGCUGGGGUGUCCUUCCCAGCCCAUGUGGCUUCAGUCAGCUGGCAGGCUUGAUCUGUGCCCAGAUCCUGGGACCAGAGUGAAGCCGUGGGUGAGCCUCUGAGGCUUCACGUCAGGUUUUAAGAAAACUGUCUACUAUCUUCAAAUCUGGGAGCCAUUUGUGCAUACCAAGCGGUACUCUACCCUAGCAACACUUCUAGCCUGCAAUGCUGGCUACAUCAGAGACUGGAAUACUCUGUUUUCGCGCACAUGGGCCAGUGGCUGCCUGAGGACAGGGGCAUCUGGGACUCCAGGACAGCAGGAGCUGUCACUUUGAGCUGCCUUUAAAACUGCUCAGUUCCCUGAGCACUGCACCUAAACAGGUGGUGAAAAUUACCACAUAAGGUCUUGGUCUUAAGUGCUGUGACCUGAAACAUGUCACUGGGUCUUCUGACCUCAGUGUCCUGAGGUAUGAUAUUCCUGUUGAAAGGCCAAAGUCCAGUCUUCCCGGGAAUUCUGGAGGAAGUUACUAUGUAGGAAAAGCUAAGUUCCCUUUAAGUUUAAGAAGGAGACUUAGGAUACCAGUCACAAAGUUAAAAGAUGUACCCAAAUCCAUCCCGAUUCCCAGCUGCAACUCCCUUCCAAAGGCACAUACAGGAGUGGUCAAGGCUGAAUGCCGUGGGGAGGAAAACAUGGGUGAAGCUGGCAGGAGCAGUGGUUUGUGACAGUCUCCAGUGCUGUUUCUUCAUUUGGGGCGUUGGAAUCCUACAUAAACCCCUUCGAACAAGAAAGGAGAGGUGGGCUCAGAUGGGGAGGGGUGGUGUGAAGCAGUGAAAAGAGCUGAGGUCAUGACUGGAGUUCCCAAUUCAUUACCUACCUACUCAGGCUGUCGGAGCAGUGGGGACCUCGAAACAGCUGUGGCUGUGGUCAGAGAUUUAUAUGUCACAGGUCUCUGUCUCCAAUCUCACCUCCCCCAAGCACCAAGACAUGAAACUUUCUAACAGUCCUGUUGCUUCAGU